CCACUUUCGUCCAUGUUUUGCAUUCAAUAUUAUUUCAUGACAUCAUGACAACCAUUCCAUCCAGGGGAAAAAAAAAUGUGUUAUGUGCACCAUCUUCUUUUUCAGAGUUUACUUCUUGUAGAAUUGUCAUUGAUUGUACCGAUGUGGAGAUUGCAGUGCUGGGCUUAAUGAGUCUGCAAAAUGCUACUUAUGCAAGCUACAGGGGUAUGAACUCAUUUAAAGUAAUUGUCAGGGUCACACCAAAUGCAGUAAUAACUAUUGUUAGCAAAUCAUACCCUGGGUCCAUUUCUGACAAAGCAAUAGUACAACAGUCAGGUCUGUUGAAUCAUCUUGUUGCAGGGGAUAUGGUUUUGGCCGACAAAGGCUUUCUUAUCCAUGACAUUUUGCCAAAUGAUGUUUCUCUUAACAUUCCACCUUUUUUGAAUAAUGGUGUUUUCACUGAAAGUGAAGCAAAGAAAACAAAAUCCAUUGCCAGAGCAAGGAUCCAUGUAGAGAAAGCGAAUGCAAGGUUAAAGGAUUUCAAAAUUUUAACUUUCAUCCCAUCUUAUUUAAGAUGUUGUGCUGAUGUUAUUUUUCAGUUAUGUGCUGCACUGGUAAAUUUACAAUUUCCACUUAUCAAAGAGGGGUGCGGGGGGACAGAGUUUGAGUAAUCUGAGUACAAAAAGGAUGUUUGCCUGUUAUCAGUAAACAAAUAUAAUGGUCAUUAUAUGAUAGAACUGAGUCAGUCGAAUAACUCUUCUUCAGUUAUGUAAAUAUACAUAAACACAGACAUAAACAAAGUCAGGAUGCCACUAUUUUGCAGACCGAUCAGAUUGAGUAGGGUUUCUUGAUAAGCAGAAAUACUGUUUUGUUGGAGGAAACAUUUCUUCAACGGCUUGCCAAGAGAGUGGUGUAUUUGCUUUGCGUUCCUUCCAGUUGCAUUCAACAUCUGUCCGGCUGAGGUUGUAGAUGACGUGAAUGAAAAGUGCAGCAGCGUGGCUGCACUCGUUAAACUUCCCCCUUGGACACUCACACUUACUUGAUCUUAUGGCAUUCUCAUUAUCUAAGCAAACCUAGCAAAUCAGAAAAAAAAAACGCGCGAGGGCAUGAAAAGCAACUUUUAAAGACUUCUCCAAACGAACGAACAGUUCCAUGCAUCGAACGACCUCAACAACAAAGCGUGUCAACGGCAAAGUUUGCGCGUCUAGUUAUUCCACAAUUAAAUUAUUAUGGAAAGGAACUGUUAUUUACUUAAAAAUCUCACUGAAAAGCAUUUCAAGCAAAAAAUAAAUGAGAAGCAGCAUCUGUAGUGAGUAUUCUGGAACCAUUUCCACUCACCGUGACUUUGUAGACUUUGUUUCGCAUGCUUGCGUGCACGUCUCCUCGUAAAAUACACUGACGAUAAGUAAAUGACUCCACAUGGCCUGAUUUGUAAUGGUUUUCACCCUUCUUAAUUGACUUCUGCUCUUCCCCGAAGAAAGAAAUGAACGAAGCGAUCGAGAGGGCCGACAUUUGGUAUGGCGUCGGUCACGUUUUGGGCCUUUGUCUAGAGCUGAAUUUUUUGGCAUCAUAGUAACGUGACGUCACCGCUUUAGAACUCUAUGCCUAGGAGAAAAAUUCGCAUUGAGUUUGAGGGAUGCUUAUAUCAAAAUUGGUCUAUUAACUGUGUGUUUGUCUAUGCAUCAGACAAAAUACUCACUACUCUAUCAUUCUAGUGUUAAAAAAUCUCCCUCACCUAAUAUUCUAAAUGUUGUUACCAUACUUAUUUUUUUUAACCUUUUUCUUUCGGCAUUAGACCUUUUGUCUUUUUUCCUUUUCCUUUGUAGCUUUCCCUCUUCCUUCCUUUCCUCUUCUUUAUUUUCCUGCUCAUUUCUUGAAUACCGUUCUUUCUUCAAGUCUUCAUUCUUUUCCUGGUCUCUCUCCUCUUCCUUUCUCUCCUGUUCUU